AUGAAGAAGGUGGGAUCUACAUCCGAUAUCACUGAGGAGGGGGCCUUUGCCCACGUGGAUGAUGACUGGAAAUACGACACCCAUGGAGACCUUUCCCAAUGCGCAGAUGUUACCGCAUGGGAAGAAGACGUGACACUGCAAGAGCUCUACCCAUGGGAAGAAGAAGUGAGAGUCCAACGAUGUUCCCAACGGGGAGCCAGAAGACACCGAGAGCUCUACGAAUUUGAAGAAGAGGUGAGAGUCCGAGAACUUUCCCAAUGGCGGGAUGGGAGACACCCAGAGCUGUACCAACGGGAAGAAACCGUGAGACGCCAGGAGCUGUACGAAUGGGAAGAAGAUGGUGUGAGAUCCCACGAGCUGACCCGAUGGGAAGAACGUGUGACAGUGCAAGAGGUGUCCCAAAGGGAAGAAGAAGAGACAUAUCAAGAGCUGUCCCAAUGGGGAGAUUUGAGAGGCCAAGAACUUUCCCAAUGGGGAGAUGUGACAGUCCGAGAGCUGUCCCAGCGGGAAGGUGAGAGAUCCCAUGACCUGCCUGAGUGGGAAGAAGAUGUGCAAGGGCAUGGACUGUACCAAUGGAAAGACAAGAGAGCCCCAGAGCUCUCCCAAGUGGGAGACAAGACAGACAAGGAGCAAUCUCAGGAAGAAGACUCCAGUGCCCAAGAGCUGCCCCAAAGGGAAGAUGGGAGUGAGAAAAAGCUGUCCCAGUGGGGAGAUGAUGUUGGUUACAGCACCUGGGACAAACCCUGGCACCCGGUGAACGCUGGGGACCCCCAGACUGUUCCCCAGGAGGGGCCCAGCUCUGCCAGCAGCGUGGGCACAGAGGUGGCAGCAGAGGCAGCCCGUGACCUGCCCAGUCCAGCUCCUGCCCCGGUGAGUGCCACGGACGCCGAGCCGGCAGCUGCUGCCCCGGCCGGAGCUGCUGAGGAGGAGGAGCCCCAGGGGCCUCUGGCUCCUGAGGAAGAAGAGGCAGAAGGUUCUGCAGCCUUCGGAGAGCAGGUGCCAUGGGCAGGGACACAGAGCCUGGUCCCUGCCCCACACAGCCCCUCAGAGGGCAGCGAGGCCCUGCUGGACACAAAGCAGUCCAUCACAUGUGGGAUCGUGAAGAAGGCUGAGCUUGUGAUCCAGGGAUCCAGCCAGGAGCCGGAGGAAGAGAGAGACCUGGAACAAACCAUGGAUACAGACAUGGUCCCAACACUUACAGCAGAAAGGACAGAGAGUCCAGACCCUGCCCCGCAGAGCCCCCCAGACAGCACCCAGGAUCUGCUGGACAUGGCCUUUUACCUCUUCAGGGAGAUCAUGAGGAAGGCCGAGCGUGUGCUCAGCUGCUGGCCGGAGGAACAGAGGGUCCCAGAAAGAAGCACAGCUACAGAAAUGAUACCAACAAUUCCAGCAGAAAGGACAGAGAGCCCGGUCCCUGCCCCACACAGCCCCUCCGAGGGCAGCAAGGCCCUGCUGGACACAGACCAGUCCAUCACCCAUGAGAUCCUGAGCGAGCCUGAGCUUGAGAUCCAGGGAUCUCACCAGGAGCCGGAGGAACAGAGAAACCUGGAACAAACCAUGGAUACAGACACGGUAACAACAGUUCCAGCAGAAAGGACAGAGAGCCCGGUCCCUGCCCCACAAAGCCCCUGCUCCCCCAGCAGCCCCUCACCUUCCCAGGUGAAAGCCCAGGCCCUGAACGAGCAGGAGGAGGGAGCAGGAGGGGACUCAGUCCUGGCAGUGCAAGACACUGACGAGGGGCCCUUCCCUGGGGAGGGCAUAGACUGGAAAUACUACGUUGACCAAGACAUUUCCCAGUGGGAAGAUGAGGGAGACCAAGAGUUGUCCCAAGAAGACAUCAGCACAUACCAAGAAAUGUCCCAGUGGGAAGAGUGCAUUGAGCAGGAGCUGUCCCCGGGAGAAGUCAAGAGCUCCCAGGAAUUGUCUGAGUGGGAAGAAUACGGCGAGGAAGAGGAGCCCCAAGGAGAAGUGAAGAGCUACCAAGAGGUGUCCGACUGGGAAGAAAACCUCGAGCAAGAGGAGUCCCAAGGAGAAGAGAGUAGCAGCCAAGUGUCCAACUGGGAAGAAUACAGCGAGGAAGAGCUGUCCCAUGGAGGAGUGAAGAGCUACCAAGAAGUGUCCGACUGGGAGGACUCCAGUGAGGAAGAGCAGUCCCAAGGGGAAGGCAGUAGCUACCAAAAACUGCCCGACCAGGAGGAAUACAGGGAGGAAGAGCAGUCCCAAGAAGUCAAGAGGCACAAAGAACUGUCCGACUGGGAGGACUCCAGCGAGGAAGAGCAAUGCCACGGAAAAGGCAGUAGCUCCCCAGAAGUGACCGACUUGGAAGAAUGCAGCAUGAAAGUGCAGCCCCAAAGAAAAUUCAGUAACUACCAAGAACUCCUGUCCGACUGGGAGGACUCCAUUGCCCAAGAGCUGUGCCAGGAUGAAGACUCCUUGGGCCAGGACUUUUCCGCCUGGGAAGACUACACACCCUCCUGGCUGUCCCGAUGGGAAGAUGGCAGCGACAGAGAGCUGGCACUGGUGGACUGGGAACACAGGAGCGUCCCCAGCUUGGGGGUGAAGGCCUUGCUCCCGGAGGAGGAUGAGUGGGAGGAACUGAGCGUGCUGGAGCUGUCCCAAGGCCAAGGCCCAGAAGACAGGCUGGGAAUUCUUGCAGCAGAGGGGCUCCCAGUGCCCGUCCCUCGCCAGGCAUGGGCUGAGCGCCGGGCACCUGCCCCGUGCACACAAGUGCCGCUCUGCACCUCACCUCCCCAGCUGGAAGCCCUGUCCCCCGCAGGGACUGAAGCUUCUCCUGCCUUCGGAGAGCAGGUGCCAUGGGCAGGGACACAGAGCCAGGUCCCUGCCCCACGCAGCCCCUGCUGCCCCCCCAGCCCCUCGCCUCCCCAGCUGGAGGCCCAGGCCCUCAGCAGCCAGCUGGCUCAACCCACCAAACGUCUCUCCCGCUUCAGGCGGGCGCUCGGGGCUCUGCGCAGGCUGUUCUGCUCCUGCACGGCGGGACAGCCCCAGGAUUAGGCC